GAAACAAAAAGUGCUGACUGAGAAUUAAGAGGAAUUGAUUAAAUUUUUACUGAAAGAGAGCAAACAUGCCUACAUGGAAUCAAAUUCAAGCACAACUUCGAAAUCCAAACAACCCGGUGGUAUUUUUUGAUGUGUCCGUGGGCACAACAGAAAUCGGUCGAAUGAUCUUUGAACUGUUCGAAGAUGUCUGUCCAAAAACCUCAGAAAAUUUUCGGCAAUUCUGCACCGGCGAAUACAGAAAGGACGGAGUACCUUUGGGUUUCAAAGGUGCCAUUUUUCACAGAGUCAUUAAAGACUUCAUGAUUCAAGGUGGUGACUUUGUAAAUGGUGAUGGAACUGGAGUAAUAAGUAUCUACGGAGGUGGAACCUUUCCUGAUGAGAACUUCACAUUAAAACAUGACUCUCCUGGAUUAUUAUCCAUGGCAAACAGUGGCAAAGACACCAAUGGUUGUCAGUUUUUCAUCACCUGUGCGAAAUGUAAUUUUUUGGAUGGCAAACAUGUUGUCUUUGGAAGAGUAAUAGACGGACUUCUCGUUAUGAGAAAAGUGGAGAACGUUCCUACCGGACCAAACAAUAAGCCAAAAAUUCCUGUUACAAUAUCUCAAUGCGGACAAAUGUAAAUUGAUGGCUAACUGUAAUUAUCGGCUCGAGGCUGUCAUUACCUCCAGGAAAUUGUAUAACUCCUUACUAAUAUCGACUAGUUAAGAAAUUUCAUUUUCUACUACCCAAUUUCUAUGAUACACACUUCUACAAAUUACUACAUUCACACCAUAACUGUCGGAAUGGAUCUAAAUGAAAUCAAAUGAAAAAAAGUUGCUUUACGAACUUGGAUCUUUAUUACACUAAAUUUACAUACGAAAUGAUUAUCUCAGUUUACAAUCUAUGCGGGGGGGUAU